AUGAGCGGACGUGUCGUCGUACCUGAAAACACGAGCAUAAAUAAUUUUGUUAAAACGGUUCUUGCUAAAUUGGGAUAUCCGAGCGGUUCGUCAUCACACGCUUUCGGUUCGAUAUUGAUAAGAAAUUGGAAACCGUUACCGUUGAAAACGAUUUGUCCUGGCAUGAAUAAAUCCGUUGGCGACAUUUUAGGAGAAUUAACUACGUUAGUCAGUUUAAGAAUACAAAUAAUUCGUCCGAAAAUAACAAUUAUCGAUAGCAUUAAAGAUAAUUUAUUAAAUUUUUUAAUUCGGACCAAUCAAAAUUUUUUAAUCGAUAGCGGAUGUCCGUUAGAUACGAACGCAUUAUUGAAAUUAUGUUCACCGUUAGAUUACAGUAGUGGUAACAAACAAUUCAUACAUCCGCCAUCGGAAGAAGUUAAAAAAAAAUUUGAUUCGUGGUUAAAAUUUUACGAAGAAGCCAAAAAAGAAUAUGAUAUAACGACGAGAAAUGAAAAAAACGAAAACGUUUGUAAUAAUUAUUCGAUGAAUAAUAAUAAUAAUAAUAAUAAUAAUAAUAAUAACAAUAACAACAACAUAAAUAAAACGUCGAACGGAAACGGAAAUUUAACAUUUAACGGUUCAUCGUCGGAUUACUCGUCUCAAAGCGGUCCGGGUAUGCAAUCGAAAUCACCGAUAAAAAAUUUACAAGAAAAUGAUAAAAAUGUGGAUUUUAAUAUAAAUAAAGAUGGAAAUUUAAAUCAUUUGAAAAAUCAAAUAGAAAAAACUAAAAAUUCAUCUUCGAUAAUAAAAACUCGUAUAAGAACAAGUUUCGAUCCGGAAAUGGAAUUACCUAAAUUACACAAGUGGUAUUUGGAAAAUCCACAUCCUAGCAGACAUCAGAUUUUCGAAUAUGUAACAGUUCUCAAUUCUUUAGAAUCGAGAAAAGGACGGAAACAAUUGGAUAUAAAUAAUGUUUUGUAUUGGUUUAAAAAUGCAAGAGCUGCACAAAAACGUACGGAGUGUAGAAAAAUCUCGAAUCCGGUUCUUAACGGUGGUGGUGGUGGUGGCGGCGUUUCUAAUAAAAAUGCAAACAUUCUUAAAAUACCAUUGGGGACGUCUGCUACUAAUUCCGAUGACCAAAGAUCAAUGAGUGAUGAUGAAGUGUCAAUAACAUCCGAAUCACCGGAAGAUUAUAGAAAUAGAUCGUUGCAAGUUGUCGGAAAAUGGAAUUCUAACGGACAAGGAGAAGCCGUUUUGGAAAUGCAGAUCGAAUCAUCACAUAAAAGUGGAUUUUUACAUUCUAACAUAUCCAUCAAACAAAAGGAAAUAAGCGAAAAUGAAGAAACAUCGAAAAGUGCAUCGUUGAGCGACGAAGAUGAUACCAACGAUCGACCCCAUAUGAAACCUUUGCCACCCGAAAACAAAAAUUUAACAACACAACAAACGGAUAAUAAUAAUUCGUUGAAAAAUAUAAAACAAACAAAUCAUAAAGAAAAUAAUAAUGCGAGAGAAGAAAAUGGGAGUGAAGAAACAACGAAAGAAACAAAUAAUGAAAAUUCAACAACGAAUGAUGAUUUUAUUAAAGAAGAAAUUAACGAUAGCAAAUUGAAAAUAUUUAAUAGAAUAUCAACGUAUAAAGAAAAAAAUUAUGGAAACGAUUCGAAACUUCUUUCACUUUAUAAAUCAGGGUUUACGUCAUCAUCGAACAUAUUCGAACAAUCGUUGAUGUUGCAAUACAUGAAUCCAAAAUUAAAUAAUUUAACGGCGGAUGAAAAAAGAAAAAGAAAUAGAACUUUUAUUGAUCCGGUUACGGAAGUACCACGUCUCGAAGAAUGGUUUCGUUUGAGUACUCAUCCGUCGCACAGUUUAAUAGCACGUUAUACGGAUGAAUUAAAUGGUAUGCCAUACAGGAGUAAAUUUCCCAAAUUAGAAGUUAAAAAUGUGCAAUUUUGGUUUAAAAACAGGAGAGCCAAAAAUAAAAGAUUAAAUUAUAUCGAAGGAAGUAAUCAAAAAAAAAAUUAA